GGCUAUAUCCACCAAACCAUUUUUGUGCAUUUUUAUGUGUUACAUAUCCGGUUUGAAACUACAAAGGACCAAAAACUGAAAAAAACUCCAGUGAACUGGGAAGUACAUAUUUAAAUUUAUUUUCCUUGACAGUCACUUUGAGCUGUAAAGUCCUUGCGGUUAGACAAAUAAUCCAUAUUUUGUAUUUGACUUAAACAUAGCAAUAAAACUAUAUAUCAUUUCGCUGCUCAUCGUUCGUGCAUUAAUAUAAUAAACAAGACUCGGGCCGGACAAAAUAAAAGGGAAGGAUAUCAAAUAUAAAAGGAAAGGAUAUUUAAGUUACUACAGAGUGAAUAUAAGACAUUUAAUACAUCUGUUUAUCAUCAGCGUAACCUAUUACGCCCGCUUGUCAAUGUGUUAGCUCUGAACAGGUAUGAGGAUUCGCUGACGUAUUUGUGAAAGGAUACUUUAUCAUACAUGAUGGGGAUUUCACUUUUGUCUCUAAUUGUUGCAGCAAUCAUUGCUGUAAAAGCCUCUCCUCUAACACAGGAGCAGCUCGACACUCUCGCCAGUACCAUAAGUAUCAGAGCUACAAAUCUAUACAACUUAAGGGACAAUGAAAAAACGCAUACCGUUAGAAUAUAUGUCAAAAAUGUCGGUAACGCGAACAUUCCGGCUUCAGGAUGGCGUCUGUAUUUUCACAGCAUGUAUCUUGUGUAUCCCGAUAUAUUUCCAAAGAACAUGUCAGUAGAACUAGACGUGGAACAUGUCAAAGUUGGCAUGAUUCAAGGCGACUUGUACUACCUUGAACCAAGCAGUGGGUUUGUAGAGAUACAACCGAAUGAAGUAAGGGAAUAUGAUAUCAAAGUUGCUUGGUGGUCAGUCUCUAGAACAGACUUCAUGCCUCACUGGUAUGUAGUGUCUAAAAAUGAUUUAGUUGAGCCGCGUGUAGUGAACACCACAAAUAGUCUAGGUUUGGAAUAUGUAGAACCUAUCGAUGACGUCAGGCAGUGGAAGAGGUUCGCGGCAGACAGAUAUAAUCCGUACACAGCACAGGAAAGACUGCGAAGAUACAGAGUGGAAGACCAGGGAAAGAUAGCGAAGCUUGUCAUACCAACGCCGUUAGAAGUUGUGAUCAGUGAAGAUGAAACCAUUGUCAAUGUGGACAGUUCAUGGAAAAUUUUUACGGCAGAUACUACUUAUACAUCAGUUGCUGUUUACCUGAAAGGCAUACUAAACACGGAAAUAGCUAAAACCUUACAAAUGAAGAACAUUAUAAUCCUAAAUACAACAAAUACGCUCACCGUUCCAGAAUCUUACACAUUGCGAAUAGAUGCGGAAAACAGUAUCAUUUAUCUAAAUGGCAAGGAUUUAGAUGGACUAUUUUAUGCAGCGGAGUCACUUCGGAGUAUACUUGAUGGUUAUAAUAGAAGAGAUAUCCCAGGAAUUACUAUUACUGAUGAACCAAGAUUUCACUACCGGGGCAUGUACAUCGACGUAUCUCGCAAUUUCCACCCUUUAUCCGAUGUCAAGAGGCUUAUGAGGGCAAUGGCAAUGUAUAAAAUGAACAAAUUACACAUGCAUUUAUCCGACGAUGAAGGAUGGAGGCUAGAAAUACCCGGCCUACCCGAGCUUACAGAGAUUGGAGGUCAAAGAUGUCAUAAUCAUAAUAAGAGAAAAUGUAUAAUACCCCAGUUUGGAUCUGGCCCUUUCAAUUCAACAUCCGGGUCAGGAUUCUUUUCAACAGAGGACUAUAAAGAGCUAUUAAGCUUUGCAAAUGAACACCAUAUACAAGUUAUCCCAGAAUUCGACAUGCCAGGCCAUGCUCAUGCUGCAAUUGCAUCAAUGGAGGAACGAUAUCGUAGAUAUCACGAAAAGGGGAAUGAAGACGAGGCAAUCAAAUAUAGACUGAGUGAUCCGGAUGAUAAAUCCGAAUAUAUUUCCAAUCAGCAAUGGCUUGAUAAUGCUAUUAAUCCAUGCGUCAGUUCGGUUUAUACGUUCAUAGGAAAGGUGAUGGACGAAGUAAUUGAACUGCACAAAGACAUUCAACCACUAGAAAUUUACCAUUUUGGUGGAGAUGAGGUUGCAAACCAUGCCUGGGAAAAAUCACCACAAUGCAAUAGUUUUAUAAAUGAUAACCCACAAUAUAACGUCACAAAAGGUAUAAAAGUGUAUUUUGUUCACAAAGUGGCAAAGUUAGCAGCAGAAAGAAAUCUAAGCCUUGCUGGAUGGGAAGAUGGAUUUGCAGAUGGUCAUCAUGAUCCUAUUAAACCUGGUGACAUUGACACUAACAAUAAUUAUGCGAUACCUUGGAACAGUAUUUGGGAAUGGGGAGGUGGAGAACAGGCAUAUAAACUGGCAAAUGCCGGAUACAAGGUGAUUUUAGCACAGGCAACAAAUGUAUAUUUUGACCACCCCCAAGAGCCAGAUCCUGAGGAGCGUGGAUUAUACUGGGCCACGAGGUGUACAGAUAUCUUAAAAGUUUUGAAAUUUAUGCCGGAUUCUUUAUAUGAUAACAUAUUCGAAGAAAGAAAUGGAAAACCAAUAACUAGUCGUGAAAUAUGUGGCGAGAAUUCGGAGAACUGUGAGUCACUGAACAGAAAAGAAAAUGUUAUUGGCAUACAAGGGCAGUUGUGGAGUGAGACUGUACGGACAGGGGAAAACGUAGAUUAUAUGAUUUUUCCUCGAUUAGUUGCGCUUGCAGAGAGGGCUUGGCAUAAGGCGGACUUUGAGGAAGAAUCCAUAUCAGAUGAUGAAAGGGAAGAUAGAUUUAAUCGUGAAUGGGAGGAUUUCUCCAAUACCCUUGGAUAUAAAGAGUUACAACGGUUAGAUGAUUUGGGCAUAAAAUAUAGAGUACCACCUCCAGGUGCAAGAGUAAUGGAAAAUGGAAAGGUGGAGGUAUCGACAACAUUUCCUGGGCUUGGGGUACAAUACAGCAACAACAAUGGGAAAUCCUGGCUUGGAGUUCCAAAUGAACAGAAUAUACAAUGGCAGGAUGACUCAAGUCUUCAUUUAAGGACUUUGUCGGCCGAUUCCAAGAGAUACAGCAGAGCUGUACAAGUGUUCAGAUAUGAACCACUGGUUUGGUCAGAUCAGUCAGUGAUAGAUUACAUUGCGGACAAUGUCAAGGUUAACGUAGAUGUUAUUGAUAAUCUGGAGAAAGAAGAGAACUAUAUGCGAAUACAAUUACGGCUUCGAAAUAAUGGAGGUAUAGAUAUUCCAAGAGGAACAUGGCGGAUAUAUUUCUACAGCCUUUAUGGAGGGAAGGCCGAAUCUUUGCAGUGUGGACUAAGACUGGAACAUGAAAAUGGAGCACUGUAUUAUUUCACACCUGACGUUAAAAUUUUUUCUGGAAUAGCCACAGGAGAAACUCUAACUUGCCAGUACCAUAAUAAAUACUGGAUGGUAACGCGUACAGACAAUAUGCCAAAUUGGUAUGUAACUUCAAUUGGAAUGAAAGCAAAGGUAAUCAAAAGCACGGAAAGUGAAAACCUAGAUUAUGUUGGAGAGUUUGAUACUCCUGCUAAAUGGAAAAGGACUAAAGAGGACCAGUAUGAUCCGUACUCGCCUGCAACCAGAUACGAUCUUUAUAAAACUUCGAACCCUGCAAAGCCAUCCUAUAAAAUUGUGCCAACGCCAAUGGAAGAAACGCGAAAUGAAGAUUCAGUGAUGUCUUUCAUUCCAGAAGACUGGAAAGUAGUGCAGUCUACCGAUUUCCCAUUUGAAGCGAACUAUUUAUCAGACAAACUCAACACAUCUGUUGGAACAGCUUCGCAAAGUAAAAUUGUCACAUUUAUCAAAGGAAAUCCGAGCAAAACUGGCCCGGAAGCAUAUGAUUUAAGCAUUGAUGUACAGAAAAGAAAAGUGACAAUUACAGCCAACAGCGCAGCUGGUGCUUUCUAUGGAGCCCAGUCUUUCAUAAGUCUUGUCGAAGGUGGCAGCGGCAAUUUGAUAGAGAUGAACAUAAAAGAUACACCAAGAUACAGUUACAGAGGAGUUAUGCCGGAUACGUCUCGAAAUUUUAAGCCAAAGGAAUGGAUAUUGAACUUUUUGGACGUCAUGUCAAUGUACAAGCUGAACAAACUUCAUUUCCAUCUGACGGAUGACGAAGGAUGGAGAGUUGAAAUAUCAGCUAUACCAGAAUUAACACAGAUUGCCAGCAAAAGAUGUCACAGUGAUUAUAAAGGAAUUUGCACAGUUCCACAACUUGGAUCUGGACCUGACAUAAACAGCUCCGGUUCCGGAUACUAUACCAUUCAGGACUACAGAGAAAUACUUAAAUACGCUAAUGAUAGACAUAUCGAAGUUAUACCAGAAAUUGAGACACCAGGUCACGCGGCUGCCGCAAUCGCUGCAAUGGAAUAUAGAGAAUCUGAAAUAAUGAAAAUGAAGCAACAUGGAAAUCAGAAUCUUCCAGAAACUUACGUUCUUACUAAACAUACUGAUAAAAAUGAAGUAUUUAGUCCCAAGAAAUGGACAAGAAAUACAAUGGAUCCUUGUUUGAACACAACAUACAACUUUGUAGAGUCUGUAAUUGAUAGUUUGAUACACCUUCAUCAACCAGUUCAGCCUCUAAAAGUGGUUCAUCUCGGAGGUGAUGAAGUUCCUUCCGGUGUUUGGGAUGACUCUAAAGCUUGUUUAGAUAUGCUUGCGCCUGGGCAACAAAUUGACACUCAUCAGUUGAAAAGAAUGUUUUCAAAGCGUGUUGCUGACAUUGUUGCCGCUAAAGGGUUAAAACUUGCCUCAUGGGAUGAUGCCAUAUAUGCCGACAAUAAGCCGAAUCCCAUCACAGACUAUGAAUCAGAAGUCUAUGUCUAUACAUGGAAUAACCGCGGAGAAAAUGCUAAACGGUCAUCAGAAUUCGCAAAUGCAGGCUACAAGGUUGUUCUACCGUUAGCUACACAUUUGUACUUCGACCAGCCUCAGGAACCCGACCCAGAGGAGAGAGGUCUCUACUGGGCCACACGGGUUACAGACACAGAAAAAGUAUUUGGUUUAAUGCCAGAUGACAUAUAUGCCAACAUAGACGUUGAUCAAUUAGGAAAUAAAAUUGACGUGAACAGUUUAUGUGGAAAUAAAGAAUGUCCAGCAGUAAAUAAAACUGAAAAUAUUCUUGGUAUUCAAGCCUGCAUGUUCUCAGAAACAAUGCGAACUCAAGAGCAGUUUCAUUACAUGGCUUUUCCAAGAUUGCUUGCCCUGGCGGAACGUGCCUGGCAUAAAGCAACAUGGGAAGACAAUGCAGAUACUGACGAAAGAAAUGCUGAGCGUGCUAGAGAUUGGAAAGUAUUUUCGGAUAAUCUCGGAUACAAAGAGAUUUCGAGGCUAGACAAAUACAAUGCUUAUUACCGAAUACCACCACCAGGUGCAAGAGUCGAAGAUGAGAUUCUCAAAGUGAAUACAAAAUAUGCCAAUCUUCUGGUUGAAAUAAGCAGGAACGACGGAAACACGUGGAAAGUUUACGAAGAAUCUAAUCUAGAUCCCGGAUCACACAAAAUACUACUGCGUUCAAAGUCAAAAACGUCAAAUGUUACCAGCAGACAUAUCGAGAUCUCAACGACAAUCGUUUCUGGUGUAGCUGGGUUUUCUAGUUAUUUAUGUCUUAUUGCAUUUACAAUAUUAUUUUACUUCAUGCAUUAAAAUAAUAUUUCAUAACUUAUCCAUGUGGUAUUUACUAUUCGUGUGCAUUGUUUAAUCAGAGACUAAAAGACAUUUAUAAUAUAUUGUAUAUAAUCACAAUUUAAGUCAAACUCGUGAUGUAUCAGACCGUUUCGUUUUUGUUAUAACGGCUGUUAAAUGUUCAGUUGUAUUUAAAUGCAUCUAUCAUUUGAUUUUUUUCAGACAUUUUCAAAGUGUGUCUGUUUCUUUUAUAAUACGUAAUAUGGUUGUAAAUUUUAGAGUUUCAGUACAGUUUCGGUCAUAUCUUUUGCAGUGUACAUGCAUUUCAUUUUUUAAAACUUACUUUGUUGCAGAAUAAAUAUGACACAGUACUAAAAACAUA